AUGACUCCGUCGCCUCUUACGAAUAGCAUGGGAAUGUUUCUUUUGGUGGUUCUGUACACUUCCUCUUUAGGAAGAAACGAAGGAUUCCCAUCUAAUUACGGCCCCCAUGCCACUCCGGUUACCGUGGAUGUCUUAGACGCCGGCUUCAUCACAGCAGGCCUAAUUUUAGGAAUAUCUCUCUUCAUUUCGAUACCUACACCCAGGUUAAAAGCUAAUCUCAGUGUCUACUUAAGAGUUUCUCUGAGUAUCACCAUAGGAACGCUUCUGUUGAUAAAUAAUUUCGGUCAGGAAUGGGAGACGGGACAUAUACGUUCCAAAACGGCCUACAAAGCGGGCACUGGCGAUGAAAUUAACGCAACUGUAUCCCUAAAAAUCGCCCUCAGGGGCAUCAACAUUACUCUACACGCCCUACCAAAUCCGAAUACCACUCUCGAACAUGAAACCAUCAAUUACAACGAGCGAUUCGAAUGGACUUGGGACCAAGGUCGAUUCGGAUUUGGGCCAUACGCUGGACAUUUGCAACAGCAAUUCCGAGCGGCCCAAUACAGAGGAUUGCCUCUACCUAUCCUCUGGGUGGUCGAUUACUUCGUCAUCGACGGCGAAGGACAAAGAUACGGCCGAUUCUACAGAACAGCCGGCUGGUACACGCACAUACUCAUGUGGACCGCGUUCCCCUUCUGGUUACUGGCAAUCAUACUGUUCAACUCCGUAAUUUCGUACGGGGCGUAUUGCUUGGGAAUAUGCGGAGCCCUGCAGCUGAUGGCCAACAUCGUGUACUUACUAAUUCGCAAUCCCAUACCGCUUUCCAUACCCUUCGAAGAAGCCACGCUGGUCACCAAGUUCGGCUUCAACUACUGGUGUACGUUGGUGAUAGGUUUUGUGUGCCUGUUUCUAUCGGUGGUCGUCUUGUUUUUGGACUACAAAUACGAUCAGCAGCUGUACAAUUUCUUCGGCGUCAAUCCGUUGAACAGCUACGACGAGGUUUUGUACUUAACUAAGGAAGAACGAAUGCUGUUGAGAAGGGAUAGAAAAAUCACCGGCAACGAUAUACCGUUGGUGGAAAUUGAUCAAACUACUUCGGAUGCGAUUGAAGAAAUAGGCGAUGCUGAUGGCGAUGAUAGCGAAUACGUUCCGGUGUUCGUUAAAAGAAGAACCAUUAGAGCUCCUAAAGUGAACAGAUCUAUAAAACCCACGAGGUACCAGGUACCUUUACCGCCUCCUGGCGACCAGAACACCAGAAUGUAA